GUCCCCCUCAGUGGGAUCCCAGCCCUUGGAGUGACCCCAUAUGACAUCCCACGUCCCUCCCAGUGGGAUCCCAGCCCUUGGGGUGGCCCCAUAUGACAUCCCACGUCCCUCCCAGUGGGAUCCCAGCCCUUGGAGUGGCCCCACCCCAUGUCCAUGUCCCCCCAGCUGCACUCCCUGGCCUACGUGAAGCUGCACAGCCUCCUGCAGACGUCCUCAGCUCCCAGGAAGGACGAGGCCUGUUACCUCCUGGGGAAGCUGGAGACCCCCCUGCGGCGCUCGCUGGAGGCCAAGUCGGAGACGUUCUCCUGGCUGGUGCCCAUCAUCCGCACGCUCAUGGACCAGUGCUACGAGACCCUGCAGCUGCAGCUCUUCCUGCCCUCCCUGCCCCCCACCAACGGCAGCCCCACCUUCUACGAGGACUUCCAGCUCUUCUGCACCACCCCGGAGUGGAGGGGCUUCAUCGAGAAGCACGUGCAGCCCACCAUGGCCCAGUUUGAGAUGGACACCUUUGCCAGGAGCCACGACCACAUGUCCAACUUCUGGAACGCCUGUUACGAUGCCAUGAUGAGCAGCGCCCAGCGGCGGGAGCAGGAGAAGGCGGCCAGCCGCAAGAUGUUCCAGGAGCUGGUGCUGGAGCCAGUGGCCAAGCGCUCCAAGGCGGAGAACGCCCGGCACAGCAACGUCCUCAAGCAGGCCAACAACCACCAGAGCACGGUGCUGAAGCAGUGGAGGUCCCUGUGCCGCCUGCUCACCUCGCCCCGCUCCGCCUGGGCCGACCGGAACCCGCCGGAGGUUCGCUGGAAGCUGUCGAGCGCCGAGACCUACUCGAGGAUGAGGCUGAAGCUGGUGCCCAACCUCAAUUUCGACCAGCACUUGGAGGCCAGCGCCCUGCGGGACAACCUGGGAGCCGAGCACCUCCAAACCCCCGCCGAGCCCCUCCCGCUCGCCAUGGCCAAGGAGGCCAAGGUGAGCGAGCUGGAGGAUGACCAGCUGGCCGAGGAGGACCUGCCCGUGCUGGACACGCAGGCCGAGCCCAAGGAGCAGAGCCAGCGGGAGAAGCUGGUGGUGUCGGAGGACUGCGAGCUCAUCACCACAGUGGCCGUGGUGCCCGGGCGCCUGGAAGUGACCACCCAGCACAUCUACUUCUACGAUGGCAGCAGCGACAAGGAGGAGACGGAGGGAGGGAUUGGCUACGACUUCAAGCGCCCGCUGUCCCACCUGCGCGAGGUCCACCUGCGCCGCUACAACCUGCGCCGCUCCGCCCUCGAGCUCUUCUUCAUCGACCAGGCCAACUACUUCCUCAACUUCAGAAAGAAGGUGAGGAACAAGGUGUACUCCUGCAUCCUCGGCCUGAGGCCCCCCAGCCAGAUCUACUUCGGCAGCCGCUCACCCCAGGAGCUGCUCAAAGCCUCGGGGCUCACACAGAAAUGGGUCCUGCGGGAGAUCUCCAACUUCGAGUACCUCAUGCAGCUGAACACGAUCGCAGGGCGCACCUACAACGACCUGUCCCAGUACCCCGUGUUCCCCUGGAUCCUGCGGGAUUACGUCUCGGAGACCCUGGACCUCUCCAACCCGGCCGUGUUCCGGGACCUGUCCAAGCCCAUCGGGGUGGCCAACGAGCGGCACGCCCGGGACGUGAAGGAGAAGUACGAGAGCUUCGAGGACCCCACGGGCACCGUGGACAAGUUCCACUACGGCACCCACUACUCCAACGCGGCCGGAGUGAUGCACUACCUGAUCCGCACCGAGCCCUUCACCACCCUCCACAUCCAGCUGCAGAGCGGCAGGUUUGACUGCUCGGACCGGCAGUUCCACUCGGUGCCGGCGGCGUGGCAGGCGCGCAUGGAGAACCCCGUGGAUGUCAAGGAGCUCAUCCCCGAGUUCUUCUACUUCCCGGAGUUCCUGGAGAACCAGAACGGCUUCGACCUGGGCUGUCUCCAGCUCUCCAACGAGAAGGUGGGCGACGUGGUGCUGCCGCGGUGGGCGCGGUCCCGCGAGGACUUCAUCCACCAGCACCGCAAAGCCCUGGAGUCAGAGUAUGUCUCGGCCCACCUCCACGAGUGGAUCGACCUCAUCUUUGGGUACAAGCAGCGAGGCCCGGCCGCCGUGGAGGCCCUCAAUGUCUUCUACUACUGCACCUACGAGGGGGCCGUGGACCUGGACGCCAUCGCCGACGAGACGCAGCGGAAGGCCCUGGAGGGCAUCAUCAGCAACUUCGGGCAGACGCCCUGCCAGCUGCUCAAGGAGCCCCACCCCGCCCGGCUGUCGGCAGAGAGCGCUGCCCAGAGGCUGGCCCGCCUCGACACCCGCUCCCCCAACGUCUUCGAGCACCUGGACCAGCUCAAAUCCUUCUUUGUGGAGGGCAUCAGUGACGGGGUGGCCCUGGUGCAGGCCGUGGUCCCCAAGAACCAGGCGCAUUCCUUCAUCACUCAGGGAUCCCCCGACGUCCUGGUCACCGUGAGCGCCAACGGCUUGUUGGGGACCCACAACUGGCUGCCCUACGACAAGAACAUCUCCAACUACUUCAGCUUCACCAAAGACCCCACCGUGUCCAACGCCAAGACGCAGCGGUUCCUGCAGG